UGUGGUGAAACAUAUUUUGGGAAUUGGUCGUGCGAUAAUUGAUCCGGAACUUUCACCCUCGUUGACGGCUAGUCCACGAAUCUCUACUUCCACGCAUAUAUUUGGUAGUUUGUGUUAAACAUCGUUUGGGAGUUGCCUUGUGAUUAUUGACCUGGAACGACCACUUUGGUUGACAGCUGAAAGAAUGUAUCUGCUUAUCUGCCUUAGCCUGCUGCUCGUGUCCACCGUGCCAUUGCAUAGUCUUGAAGACGACGUCGCAGCGGAAGUGCGCACGGUUCAGAAUGAAUUCUGGGCAUGGCGGAUGAGACAGGCGCCAGAAUUCGCCACAUUCGCCGGUGUCAAUCUGUACAACGACCAGCUGGACCAUUACAACAUGACCAUAUACACAGCCAACAAGGACUACAUAGUGGGACUGUUACGGAGGUUGACCGAAGUGAAGACUCGACCAUCAUUUUCCGCCAUGUCUUAUGACGACUCUAUUAACUACCUUAUCCUGACUGACAUGUUACAGACCUACGUGGAUGGAUAUGACUGGCAUCUAUAUUCUGUAGGAAAUCCCGUGAGUUUCCUCGAAGGUCCCCAGCUGAAUGUUGGAUACCGGUUUGAUAUUUGUCCUUUUGACACAAGACAAGAUUUCAUCGACUUUCUCUCCCGGAUGAAGGGUCUCUCUGACCAGAUAGACGAUAUGAUAACGCUAAUGAGAGGGGCCAUAUCUCGACAGUUUACCAACCACAAUGUGUCUAUGGGAUUGGUCAUUGGUCAGAUAGACAAGAUCAUAUCGGCAGGUCUUCAGGGAGAGUGGUUUACUCUCUAUAAAGAACGAGUCGAUAACUCGUCACUGUCGGACACGGACAAGAACACGUUGAUUUCCGAGGCCAGAAACACGGUUUUGAACAGCAUCAUUCCAGCUUAUCAGAGACUCAAGGAUUUCAUUGUGGAUGAGUACGUUCUUCACACUAGGCCCGGAUACGGCGUCUCAUCCUUCACCAAUGGCGCAGCGUUUUACCAAGCAGCGCUCACAUGGCACCUGUCUGUCCACAUGACACCCGAUGAGGUUCACCAAAAGGGUUUGAAGGAAGUGGCACGUAUAGCAGCGCUCAUGCGCAAGAUUUUCAACAAACAAAAUUUCACCGGGAGCAUUAAGGAGAAGUUUGACCAGCUGAAGGCUGACCCUCAAUUCCACACUUCGUCAAAGGAGGAGAUUCUCGCGAGGUUUAAUAACAUUGUCUUCAACAGAAUCACACCCAAGUUGACACAGCUCUUCAAAGACAUACCAAACCUGCCUGUCAAACAGUUUUCCAGGCAUAACCUUGGCAGUGUUACAAGUAAAUCAAUCAAUCAAUCAAUGAAGUCGUCAAGCACUCGUCAAUCUACCAGCCAGCGAACCAAUCACCACGCCUUCUACCCUCACAGAGUAAUGCCUAUGCAGUACGAUGGCCCAGGGGGUGUUUAUUUCGCCGGAUCCGCGGACGGGAAAAGACCCGGUGUAUUUCAGGUCAACCUUCAACACCCAGAGACAGUUAAUUUCUUCGGCAUGGCAGCCCUCAGCCUCCACGAAACUGUACCCGGUCAUCAUUUACAGCAAAUCUACUCCCUGGAAUCAGCCUUACCUCUCUACCGACGCACCAUGGACACGGAUUACUAUUACCGCGUCCCUUUUCACUUCCCAUUCUAUACGGCGUACACAGAGGGCUGGGGUUUGUACGCUGAAUUCCUUGGCGAAGAGCUUGGUGUUUAUGAAGACGACUAUGAACUACUAGGUCGCUACUCAGAGGAAAUGCUCCGGGCAGUUCGCCUGGUGGUCGAUACGGGUAUGCACGCAAAAGGCUGGACACGUGACCAAGCCAUCAACUACAUGUUGAAAUACACGUCUUCACCUCGUUAUGAGGUAGAGAUUGAGAUUGACCGCUACAUCACGUGGCCUGGACAGGCAUGCGCAUACAAGAUUGGCGAACUGAAACUCCGAGAGCUGCGAGAAACGGCGAGAAAAAAACUGGGAUUUCACUUUGAUGUCAGAGAUUUUCACAGCACCAUUCUCAAUGCUGGAGCUCUACCAAUCAGAGUGCUGGAAAAGGUUGUCAACGAUUGGGUGAGAAGGAAAGUGGCUUCUGUUAUACCAAAUCCGGUUGGUUGAGACAACGGCCAGUGAAAUCUGACUUAAACACAAUGUUGAGUAGGUCUAUUGCUGAG